CGUUAGGAUCGCUCUGUUUCUAAGCUGCCGUGUAAUUGGCUAUAGAGGGCGCGUUAUCUUUCAUUAUAAAGGGCUGUUUAGAGAUAUAGAGAGAUACCACCGUAACCCAUAUCGGGUCCGCUAUGAAAUGACCGGAGAGCUCUCCUGCCCACGUGACUGGUCCUCCUCCUCCUCCUCUCAGCAUCCUCUCAUCCUGCAGAAGGCAGCUGAGGCUCCAUCACCAGACCCCUCACACCCUCCUGCUUCCUACAGCCUCACCCUGCCAUGGCCCGAAAUCGCAAAGAAAGGAACAGCUGGGGUGGGUUUUCAGACCGAAAUUAUGACUGGAGUUCUGAAGAGGAAGAAUAUGAGAAAAAAGCUCAGCCGGUACAGGUGCUGGUGGUAAAGGACGAUCAUUCCUUUGAGCUGGAUGAAGGGGCAUUAAACCGAAUUCUGCUUUCUGAAGCGGUGAACGAUAAGGAGGUUGUGGCCGUAUCAGUGGCCGGAGCAUUCAGGAAAGGAAAGUCCUUCCUUAUGGACUUUAUGUUGCGGUACAUGUAUAAAACGGAGCCAGUGGAUUGGCUUGGAGAUUAUAAUGCGCCACUGUCUGGUUUUUCAUGGAGAGGCGGCUCUGAACGGGAGACUACAGGAAUCCAAAUAUGGAGUGAAGUAUUCUUGGUGGACAAACCUGAUGGGAAAAAGGUUGCAGUGUUGCUGAUGGACACACAGGGAACAUUUGACAGUCAGUCAACUCUGAGAGACUCUGCCACAGUGUUUGCUCUCAGCACAAUGAUCAGCUCCAUUCAGGUUUACAACUUGUCACAGAACGUUCAAGAAGAUGAUCUGCAACACUUGCAGCUCUUCACAGAAUAUGGCAGACUGGCUAUGGAGGAGACCUUCUUAAAGCCCUUCCAGUCUUUAAUUUUCCUGGUACGUGAUUGGAGUUUUCCAUAUGAAUUCCCAUACGGGGCUGAUGGAGGAUCCAAGUUUUUAGAAAAACGGCUGAAGGUGUCCGAAAACCAACAUGAAGAACUGCAGAACGUGAGGAAACAUAUCCACUCCUGCUUCACCAACAUCUCCUGCUUUCUUCUGCCACACCCAGGUCUCACCGUGGCUACAAACCCAAAAUUUGAUGGCAAACUUAAAGAGAUCGACGAAGAGUUUAUAAGACAUUUGAAAGUUUUUAUACCAUGGCUCUUAAGCCCAGAAAACUUGGAUGUUAAAGAAAUCAAUGGUAAUAAAAUAACCUGCCGUGGUCUGGUGGAAUACUUUAAGGCCUAUAUCAAGAUAUAUCAAGGAGAGGAAUUGCCACAUCCGAAGUCAAUGUUACAAGCCACAGCGGAAGCAAACAACCUCGCAGCCGUUGCCACAGCAAAGGAUUUGUAUCAUAAGAAAAUGGAAGAGGUGUGUGGGGGGGACAGACCCUUUUUGGCACCCACUGACUUGCAGCAUAAACAUCAGGAACUAAAGGAAGAUUCUGUGAAGCUUUUCCGUAGUGUGAAGAAAAUGGGGGGUGAAGAGUUCAGCCGGAGAUACCUUCAGCAACUAGAGAAUGAGAUUGAUGAGCUUUAUGUCCAGUAUAUCAAACAUAAUGACAGCAAGAAUAUAUUCCAUGCUGCCCGCACCCCAGCCACACUGUUUGUGGUCAUAUUCAUCACAUAUGUGUUGGCCGCAGUCACUGGCUUCAUAGGCCUGGACAUUAUUGCUAGCCUAUGUAACAUGAUUAUGGGACUCACGCUCAUCACCCUGUGUACAUGGGCGUAUAUCAGAUACUCAGGAGAGUACCGAGAACUGGGGGCCGUAAUAGAUCAAGUGGCUGCAGCACUAUGGGAUCAGGGAAGCACCAAUGAGGCCCUCUAUAAGCUUUACAGCGCUGCAGCAACCCACCGACAUUUAUACCACCAUGCCUUCCCUGCUCAACAACCUGAGGCUGCCGAAGACCAUGAUAAGAACAUGUAACGGUUUCUGUAACGGCCAAGAGAGCAUAAAAGUCUCACAGUAAAAGCUGCAUGAACUUAAGUGUCCACCAACUGGUAAAUAUUAAUGGUAACGCUGUCAUGACUUCACCUUUAAGAGCGGGCGUUCUACCAUCACAGUGGUCAAGGAGGAUCAACGCUGCUUGACACCUCGCUGGGCCCCUGACACCGGGAUUCAUGAUGGCACCACCAGAACACUAUAGAAAUGUUGGGACACAACCAAACCUACACUCGCUUACGCUACUUUAUUUUUAAAGUGUGUAAUUAUAAUUUAUUCUACGAUAUGGCACUUAUACACUCACAUUCAUUAUUUUACAUACACUUUAUUUCUAAUACAGUUACUCGCUGUCCUGUUGCAGCUUAGGUUACCUUACGAGAGCACAAAUCUAACGCCACCCGGCAAUGCUUCCCGUGAUCGCACUAUAAGGUGCUCUGUGUAACUGCAAGCACUCACCCUGCCUGUACACUUGUAUUUAUUAUACUGUAUAUUUUGUUGUUAUGGUACAUACUGGUGACGGAGAGGAUGUUUCAAAAAGUUUUAUAAACCUUCAUUAAAGACAAUUCUAAGAGA